UGUCUGUUGUGUAUAUCCAUGUGUGUGUGUGUGUAAGAGAGAGAGUAUGUGCAUGCCUGCGCAUGUCUGUUGUGUAUAUCCAUGUGUGUGUGUGUGUGUGUGUGUGUGUGUGUGCGAGCGAGGGAGGGAGGAAAGGAUAGCGAGAGAGAGUUUGUCCAGGUGCUGGAGUGGGCAAACGGAAAUCAGCCACAGGACUCUGUAGCAGCUCUUUGAGAGAGAGAGACAGAGAGAGCCGGUCCCUAGCUCUGAGACAGGGCCCCCCCGCGAAAAACAUGGAGACAAGAUGCUGAGGGCCCACUAAAAGCCCCCUGACUGAUACACUGGCAAAACGGACACACAGUCACACUGCGGGACAAGGCCGGCGUGAACGCCAUGGUGGCUGAGGAGGUCAUUAUCACCCUGUCCGGCGGAGCGCCGUGGGGCUUUCGGCUACAGGGAGGUGUGGAAUGCCAGAAGCCCCUUCAAGUGGCCAAGGUACGGAAGCGGAGUAAGGCAUGCCGAGCGGGUCUCCGAGAGGGGGACGAACUGGUCUCCAUCAACGAGAGCCCAUGUGGAUGCCUCUCCCAUGCCCAGGCAAUGACCCUUAUCGACAGCUCCCCCGGCACCUUACACAUAAGAGUCAAGAGGGCUCCAGCUGGUUUCCAGUCGGUGGUCCUCCUGCCCCGCGCCCCAUCGCCCCGAAUCGAUAAAGAGUACCGCGCUGCGCUGAGAGACAUGUCCCCCUCCGGCUCCAGCAGACACCAGCAGACGGCCGUGCGGCAGGUCCACAGAGGCUCCUUCCUGUCCCCUACUGGCACUGGCACGAGCCGCAGCGGCCUCACCUCCCCCCCAGGCAGUGAGGCGUACUACGGCGAGACGGACAGCGAUGCCGAUGUAGUGGCCCAGGAGCGACAGAGGCGCCAGAAGCGACGCAGCCCCAGCAACAGUGUCCCAGGCAAGGCUGGCCGCGCAUCCCCCGAGGGCGGUGAGACUUCGGAGAUGAGCGGUUAUGACAGCGCGCCAGACCCGUCCUUCGGUUGCCCGGAGAUGCUGCCGGGCGUGGCUCGCCGGGAGGUCAUCUACCAGCCGCCUCCGUCCACCGCCUGGUCCUCGCAGACCUCCACAGAGACAUCAUCCAUGAGCGCAGACGACCAGGGCCCCCAGGAGGACAGCGGCUUUCAGGACCUGCACAACGUGCCCCUGGUGUCCCCGGAGAGGGCCAAAGAGGCCCUGAUGCUGAGCUCCCGCGGGCAGUUGGUACCCAUGGUAGGGCCUUUAGACGUGCCCGUGGAUGAAGAACUCACCGUGACAUACAUGGAUAAGGCCAAGCAAGCGAAACUGAACCGUGGUGAUACAGGCCAAGACAAGCAAGUGAAAGAGGCGCGUACUAAAUGCCGCACCAUCGCCUCACUGCUCACAGAUGCCCCGAACCCCCACUCAAGAGGUGUGCUGAUGUUCAAGAAGCGUCGGCAGCGCUCCAAGAAGUACACCCUCACCAGCUUUGGCAGCGUGGACGAGGAAUUGCGGCAGGACUCUCAGGAGGAGGAAGACGGCAUGUUCCCGGGUAGCGAGUCCGAGUUUGAUGAAGACGGCUUCUCUGCCGCACCGGAUCCGACUUGGGACAGCGACUAUAUGGACAUGCUGGAGAGACGCUCGGCCAGCGCAGUGGGCCAUACUGAGGAGGCUCUCAGCCCAGGGCUCACCGGCACCUCUGGCAAAGGGGCUCAGCUGUUUGAGCAACAGCGGAAGAGGGCAGAUGAGCAUGCCAAGAGAGCAGCCAUUGCACAGGCCCAGACACAGGCGCAAGUGCAAGCGCAAGCUCAUGCUUCAGCACAGCUACAAGGACAGAUGCAGAUGCAGAGCCAGAUGCAACCAGAGGUGCAGGCAGACACUGUACCUGUGCACAUCCAGGCAUUCACACAGCCAGUUACCCAGCCACUCACACAGCCCGCUCCCCAACCACAACCUCAGCUAAUGCAAGUACAGCCUUCCCCCCAGCCCCCACCAGUUGCUCCUAAACCUCAACAGCAUCUAAGAGAGGCCAUGCCACCCACACAGAACCCCCCUACCAUACCUCCUGCUCCAGUUGUAGCUGCUCAGCCUCUUUCAGUGGUGACCAAUGGAGAUGCCAUCAUACCCCAGGGCAAUGUCAUGUCACUAGCCCCACUGGCAACAGGCCCAGCAGUGUCCACUCUCACAGCCCCAUCUCCGACUCCACUUCCAGAGCUUCCCUCAAGCUCAGUUCUGAACCGGACAGCUCGGCCAUUCGCUCCAGGUUUCAUCAGCAACCGUGCUGCGACUGCACCAGUUGUCUUCCGCCCCUCUGUGGCUAAAAGGUCCCCCCGGCCUGUCUCUGUGGCUGUUGUGCAACAUCCCUUCCCUGCAGCUGAUGAAAGGGCCAUAACUGCUGUCUCUUUCCCUGCCUCUUUGUCUGCUCCUUCUCUUGCCCCUGCUCCUGCCCCUAAACCUGCCCCGCCUCCUCCAGUGAUGGUUCCCAGUACUGCUCCAAUGGCCAUUACUAUGGUUCCACUUUCUGCUCCAGUUGUUCAGGCUGACUCCAGUAUCCCACUAGGACCCAUGAGUCCUCCAGUCUCUGUAGUUCCUGCUGUACCUAUCCCAGCCCCAAUACCCAUCUCUGCUCCUGCCCCAAUACCCAUCUCUGCUCCUGCCCCUAUACCCAUCUCUGCUCCAGCCCCUAUACCCAUCUCUGCUCUUGCCCCCAUGCCAGUUUCUGCAACCAUCCCUGCUUCCCCUCAGCUUGCCAGGAUAUCCUCCUCUGUAGAGAACAUUCAGGCAGCCUCCAUGGCCAUCCCUCCUCCAGUGCCGCCAAUAGAACCACCUGCUCCUGUAGCACCAGUUGCACCUGUGGCACCAGCUUCUAUGGCAAUGCCUGUACCACCUUCACCCCCAGCCUCUGCUCCAGCACCUGCACCAGCUGCUGUCUGUAGCUUUGACCUCCCAGCAUCACCGCCAGUUAUGCCCCAGUCCAGACUGAGAGGCACCACAGCAGGGGGACGCACUGGUAUCUUGGAGGAUGCCCGUCGGCGGAGCUCAGGCAGGCGCAUGUUCCAGAAGCCCGAGGACAAGAAGAACUCACCCAACCCCACACUGCUGUCCAUGGUGCAGAACCUGGAUGAGAGACCAAGACACAGGUAUUCAGAUCCUGUCUCAUAUGAUUACAACGAAGAGGACACGGAGGAAGCUGGGGGUAAAGUUCCUCCACCGGUGGCCCCAAAACCACGCAUCAUCCCUGAAGUCUCCCAGAUCCCCCAAGCAGAAGGGAAGGGGGCUGAGCUGUUUGCCCGCAGGCAGAGUCGGAUGGACCAGUAUGUGGUGGACUCGCCAGUCUCACCAACCUACCCACCCCAGCCGGCCCCCCAGCCAUACACAACAAAUAUACGAGACUCAUCACCUACUCAGUCUCUUCCUUCACAGUGGAAAUAUUCCCCCAAUGUCCGCGCUCCUCCACCUAUUGGCUACAACCCCUUGCUUGGUCCCAGUUUUCCCAUGGGACCUCAGCAUGAUAAUGCUAGAUCAUCAGAUGCCAUGAGGGGAGGCCGGGGUGGUUAUGGCACUCAAAGAGAAGGAAUCAAAGCCCUGGACUUCCUGAGGAGGCAGCCAUACCAGCUCAACUCUGCCAUGUUUGGUGGAAACUACAUGCAGGGCCCCAACCAAUCCCAGAUGCAGCAGAGAGAGGGUUAUACUCUGAAUGCACCUCGCCAGAUCCCUGUCAAGGCUGCACGUGUCUACGAGAUCAAACGGUUCUCCACACCCACACCAAUGUCUGCCCCGACAAUGGCCCCAAAAGUUAUUGCCCCACGCUCCGCCACCACACUUGGAGACCGUAUAUCACGCUCUGACAUGAUAUCUCCACCACCGGCACCCCAACCCCGUCCUUAUGCCCCAGUUUCUGCCCCUGAACCUGCCCAUGUUCCAUUCCCUCCAGCCGCUAACACCGGGGGUCUUCCUGAGCUACCCAAAAUCUCUGCUAACCCCGUUCCCAAUGCCCACCCUCUCCCUUUCGUCCCGACUGCCUCCACGUCAGGUAUGUCCUACGGUGGCCUGCAAGCUGCCAAGCAGUUCAAGAGUGCACCUGAGCUUUAUACCCUGCCUCCCCUAAGGCCCGCACCUGUCCAGGUGCCCAAGCCACGCUUUGUCGCCACACGAGUGGGCAUCCAGCCCCGCGUGUGGAGGCCUGGUGCCCUGCCACAUUGAUUGGGUGACCUCAUCAGCCUCCCUUGAAGUCAGAAGUCACCAGUACAAUGAGGUCCCACUAUGCAUUUUCAUACAACCAACUUGGCUGCCAAAACUGCUAACAAUGCUCCAAGAUUGUGAAAACAUGCAAAAGGUAUACAUCAUAGAAUUCAAAGUUAGUUUGUGAUCAAAUGUAUAGCUCAUUAAAAAACUGUACCCAUUCAUGUUCAGUGUUUAGAAUGCUCAACAAUUAUCUGAAUCAUCUGAUGGUUUACAAAAAUCAAAUAAAAGAAAAUGUGAUUCAAAUGCUCAAACCUAAUACAUAUUUUGUAUCUAUUGUCAGCUGGCCACUUGGCUGGUUUGUCAUUGCUAUUUUCAUUAGCCAGUAUAAUCACCUCACAAAUUCUAAGCUUUUUUCGGACUUGAGUGGUGUGCCCAAUUAUCGGUGCCACUGAUAAGUGACUUUAACCACAGAGAAUUUGUGGCUUGUAACUAACAUAAGUCUGUCAGCCACGCAGAUGCUUUCCCAAAUUGAGAGAUAAUUUUAUCAUGACAUAUUUCUGAAACUUAAACCACAGCAUCACAUAGGGGACAUUCAUGAAAUCCAACACAUAUGAUCAUCGUUAUAAAAUGGGGUCAAUGAUUUGAGCUGGGAGUUCAUGUAACAGAGUUGAGUACUGCCAUUGACUGCAUGAAGGCUUUGAGCUGGCUGGGAAAUUGAAUGUACAGGUUCACUCAAACAAUUUGUGUCAGAUGCAGAUGCUUUUGUUUUCUAGAAAAUGCUUUAGCCACUCCUGGAUUAGGCAUAUCUUCUGGUGAAAAAAAUGAAAUAGACUCCAGGAAUUGGUUGGAUCCCUGAGGUCUGAAAACUUGCCAGAAGUGCUGCUAUGCUGAAUUGAGUCAGUCUUUUACAUCAACUUAAUUUUCCAGUUAACUAAGUUAGCCUGAUAAUUGUAUGUGCUACAUUUGUUGGAACCUCAAAACAGAACACAGGCUUGAGCAAAAUGUGCCAUUUCUAUUUUUACGCCGUGCACUCUAACUCUGCUUUGUUAAAAAAAAUAUACUCCACAGCAAAAUAUGCUGAGCUUGAAGACAUAAAAUAGUACUUUGAUGUCUUCGACCUGCUGAAUGAGCUCUGAGUAAAGAACUAGUUGAACUAAGAUUCAGGUAGGGAUUUUAGCAGUUACAAUUUUCAACCCUCUUUCACAGUGAAGAAGAGCAUAGUUGUACUGUGAAGUUAAUGCUGACUGCAGUGAGAAGACAUGAGGUUUGCAUUUGUGUUCCAUGCUUUGGCCCAGACAGGUCAAUCAGAAAUAAUAUCUCUUUUGGCAAGGCCUGAACGGAACAGGUGUUCUGCUGUCAUGGCCUAUUUGUGGAGCCACAUAAGCAGUAAACUAGCCUGGAACACCACUGUCUUGGUGUUCGGUGUUCAAUCUCAUUACUCAAAAUGCAUAAAACUGAGUGCUAAGAUAAUGUUAAAUGUUUUGAGAGGGGGAAAAAAAAGAGAAAAUAACUUUGAUUGCUGCUUUAACCUAUUUUCUGUAAGGUCAAACUGAUUUGAGAUGGAAACGUAUGAGGCAAGUUUGAGACAGCAACAGAAACUGGACACAAAAGGUUCCUGGUUGGUGAUGCAGGUUGAGAUGUACUUGCUACAUAAUGCUAGUUUAGAUCAUCACCACACAUGGAAAAAGGAAGGAAUUUUAUAAGAAGGGUCUAUCAGAAUUGAUAAGGUUCCUAACUGCCAGAUACCCUUUUUUUUGCUACUAGCCUUGUUUUUCUUUUCAAGACAAUGCAGCAGAAGGGUCAAGUGUCAUUUGAACCGACUUAUUGACUGUAUAUUGAAGUGUGAAUUCCCUCACCCUUCAGUGAUGUGAGGAAAGUGAUAACGAACGACUGGGAUCUAAGACCUUGUUUGAGAAUGUAGAGGGAGCAAUUGAGAGAGACAGAGAUGCAAAGAAAUUCCACUAUGUGUCUUUUUUCAGUAUGAAACACUGACAAACCAUUGAAGUGAAAGUAGGAGUAAGACCUGGCAAGAUUGAAACGGUACAAUAAAUGUAGACCGUUAUAAGUGAACAUGGACAUUACCGUGAGAACAAACUCUUUGGAGAUUCCUGUAAAGAGAGCCAGACUACAGUAAGUGUAACAGGUAAUAUUUCUUUUACCAGAGCCUUGAUAGGGUCCAUUAUCACUCUCCAUGGCAAUGAUGUUUUUUGUUAUUUCUGGCUGUUUUAUUUGAUUGAAAAUGAAAGCUUGCAUAAAGUAGUUUGUGUACAUUGUGUACUGCUGUCUUGAUCAAUCAUUCUGUUGAACUUGUACUUUAGAAGGCUUUCUGCAUUAAAGAAGCUUAGAGUGUAAUGUUAAUAGUGAGGUUAAUCAGAGAGUGAGUGUGAGCAUGUCUAGUGUUUAUGAUGUGGCCAUAUUCAAGGGCAGAAUGUACUUUUAGUAAGACGUUUUUAACUGAAUAAAAAUAGACUUUGAAAUUUUA